GGCGGGCGGCGCGCGCUCUCGUGGCCUCGCUGUCCGGCGGCGCCAACCGAAGCGCCGUCCCUGCUGCCGACAUGCUGCGCCGCGCUCUGCUCCGCCUGGCCCUGGCCCUGGCCGUGCUGGCCCGCGCGGGCGCUGCGCCCGAGGAGGAGGACCACGUCCUGGUGCUCAACAAGGGCAACUUCGAGGAGGCGCUGGCGGCCCACAAGUACCUGCUGGUGGAGUUCUAUGCCCCCUGGUGUGGCCACUGCAAGGCUCUUGCCCCCGAGUAUGCCAAAGCGGCCGGGAAGCUGAAGGCCGAAGGCUCUGAGAUCAGACUGGCAAAGGUGGACGCCACCGAGGAGUCAGACCUGGCCCAGCAGUAUGGCGUCCGCGGCUACCCCACCAUCAAGUUCUUCAAGAACGGAGACACGGCUGCCCCCAGAGAGUACACAGCCGGCAGGGAAGCUGACGACAUUGUGAACUGGCUGAAGAAGCGCACGGGCCCUGCGGCCACCACGUUGCCCGACGGAGCUGCCGCGGAGGCCCUGGUAGAGUCCAGCGAGGUGGCAGUCAUCGGCUUCUUCAAGGACGUGGAGUCGGACUUGGCCAAGCAGUUCCUGCUGGCGGCAGAGGCCGUCGACGACAUACCCUUCGGGAUCACGUCCAACAGCGACGUGUUUUCCAAGUACAAGCUGGACAAGGACGGGGUCGUCCUCUUUAAGAAGUUCGACGAAGGCCGGAACGACUUCGAGGGGGAGGUCACCAAGGAGAAGCUGCUGGACUUCAUCAAGCACAACCAGCUGCCGCUGGUCAUCGAGUUCACCGAGCAGACGGCCCCCAAGAUCUUCGGGGGCGAGAUCAAGACGCACAUCCUGCUGUUCCUGCCCAAGAGCGUGACCGACUACGAGGGCAAACUGAGCAACUUCAAGAAAGCCGCCCAGGGCUUCAAGGGCAAGAUCCUGUUUAUCUUCAUCGACAGCGACCACAGCGACAACCAGCGCAUCCUCGAGUUCUUCGGCCUCAAGAAGGAGGAGUGCCCGGCCGUGCGCCUCAUCACGCUGGAGGAGGAGAUGACCAAGUACAAGCCCGAGUCGGACGAGCUGACGGCGGAGAAGAUCGCCGACUUCUGCCACCGCUUCCUGGAGGGCAAGAUCAAGCCUCACCUGAUGAGCCAGGAGCUGCCCGAGGACUGGGACAAGCAGCCGGUGAAGGUGCUGGUGGGGAAGAACUUCGAGGAGGUGGCGUUCGACGAGAAGAAGAACGUGUUCGUGGAGUUCUAUGCCCCGUGGUGUGGUCACUGCAAGCAGCUGGCGCCCAUCUGGGAUAAGCUGGGGGAGACGUACAAGGACCACGAAAAUAUAGUCAUCGCCAAGAUGGACUCGACGGCCAACGAGGUGGAGGCGGUCAAAGUGCACAGCUUCCCGACGCUCAAGUUCUUCCCCGCCAGUGCGGACCGGACGGUCAUUGAUUACAACGGGGAGCGGACGCUGGACGGCUUCAAGAAGUUCUUGGAGAGUGGCGGCCAGGACGGGGCAGGGGACGACGACGACCUAGAGGACCUGGAGGAGGCAGAGGAGCCGGACCUGGAGGAGGACGAUGACCAGAAAGCUGUGAAGGACGAGCUGUGAGGUGGAAGCAGCCCGGCACCCCGACGCCCCUCAGGCUGCUCCCCAGCAGCCAGCCUCCGGGCCGCGCACCCUCCCGGGAGGACAGCACCCAUCGGAAAUGCAGGGAACUUUCUGAAGCCACACUUCACGCUGACACUCGUGUACAUUUAAGCCCGUCUUCUGCUUCAUCUCGGAAAGGGCUUGUCUCCAGGCCAGCCCUCGGGGCCUUUUUUAAUUUGUGAUGUACUUUUUUGUACACGGUUUUGACCUGAGCGCUCGCUAAAAUGUUUUGGAAUCUCACGCUGGCGAUGUCAGCUGCCUGUUAGGUUCUAUGCCAUCACUAGCAUGGUUCGUCUGUGGGAUUUUUAGGCAUUUUGGGACGGCGGGUUCGGUCCCACCCUGGCCGGGCCGCCCUGGAGACAGGUGUCCCCUGUGCGGGGGGCCAGGCUGAUGGUCCCUCACCUGGCAGUGUUGCGGGGACUGCAAGGUUCCUAUGCUGCCUGCUCAACAGAGACAUCAGGUCUCUCGCAGGGGCUCCCCAAGACAGGGCGGUGGGCACCCUGGGCCAGCACAGACCCCUCCCACCCCCCACCCAGAGCAGCACCCAGCUGGUCUGACACUGUGGCCUGGCCCGCGCUGCCCAGAACCUGGCCUCCGUUCCUGCGGGGACAGCGGGAAGCGUCCCAUUCUUCCAGGCGUUUCUACCACAACAUUGGAGCUGAACACAUUGGCCAAAUAAAGUUGAAAUUUUA